AAUUAUUCUAAUCUGUGAAAAACAGGUUAACUCAACAAAGUAGAUGGGGGUAACAAUAAAUAGCGUUGUAAAUUAGUAAGCAUACCGCUUGGAAUCGUUGAGAAUAUAGAAUGAACACGAUAUGUGUAUGAACAGAUGGAUGAAAUACCCACUGCAGCACUGAGUAUCAACAGUGCUAUAUAUAUACAAAUUUCGAAAAUGCAACAAAGCACAAUAAUAAUAAAGUGGUACUGUCGACUCUGGGAGGUUGUGGACCUAGUCAAGUAUUCUGCUGGCAGUGCCGAGGGAAAGUCAGUAAGCACAUCAAACAGAUGUGCUGGAGAAAGACAGGGAAUUUUGAGAUUUGCUCAGCGAAAAGCGAGGUACAAAAAGAUUGGAUUUGGUCGAAGAGCGUGUGUUGUGUUCAUGCACAGAGUGUUCAUAGUAUUUGGGAGCGUGGUUGAAUCUUUGGCACUGGCAAGCAAGCAAGCGACAUCGGCGAAGAGUUUUGUUAAAAGAUUCGAACAGUUCGACAAAUCAUUUAUGAAAAGUAAGAAAGCCAAUGGUCCAAUGACCGAACCUUGGACAAUUCCACAGUGGAUGGGCAACAUCGGAGACCUAUGACAUCCUACUUCAACAAACUGUGAUCGACCACUCA